AUGCCUCCGCGUAUUGAUCCUACUGCAAAUCGAAUCACAAAUUGUGAUGUUGAUUCGGUUUACUAUGUUCAUCCUAGCGAAGGUCCCAAUUCUGUUAGUAUUCAACCUCAAUUGAAUGGUUCGAAUUACAUCUCGUGGUCAAGAUCCAUGGAAAGAGCUCUUGGAGCUAAGAACAAGCUUGCGUUCAUCAACGGAUCCAUUAGUGUUCCAAAAAGAUUUGAUAAAACCGAUAGAAUUCGCGUAUCUAAUUUGCGUGCUGAGAUUAACAAUCUCAAACAAGGAAACAAAUAUGUUCUUGACUAUUUCACUGAACUUCAUGGUUUAUGGGAAGAAUUGAACUCUCAUAGACCAAUCCCUAGUUGUACUUGUGCUCAACAAUGCAGAUGUGAUGCUAUGCAUAGUGCUCGAGAAUUUCGUCUUGAAGAUCAGAUUAUACAAUUCUUAACAGGAUUGAAUGAAAAAAAAAUUGUUAUCAAAACUCAGAGUAACAAUAUUUAUGUGUUGAGUCAACCUGAUUCUAAUUCAUAUGAUUCCGCUAUUGAUGAAGCAAUUAGACUUGUUAAUGCAUAUGAUUCAAGGAAGUUUGCUGGUAAAUCUUCCAACUCUUAUGGUGGAGCAUCUAACAAUAAGAAAGAUGGUAGAGUAUGCACUUUUUGUCACAAGACUGGCCAUACAAUUGAUGUGUGUUAUCGCAAACAUGGAUUUCCUCCCAAGUUUACCAGAAAGCAAACAUCAACAAAUGCUUCUAAUGCUGUUGAUACACAAAAUAUGAUGAACACUGGAAUAGAAGGUUCUCUCAAUAAUUCAAGUGACAGCAUCACUCAAGAACAGUAUGCUCAAUUGAUUGGUUUUCUACAACAAACAAAUUUGUUGCCUUCCAACCCUACCCCAAAUCCAAGUGCCAACCAUAUUUCCACUCAUUUUAGUCAUACACCAAAUGAGAAUUCAGGUAAACUUUUUGUUUCUACAGUUUCAUGCUCCACUUACAUAAAACCUGAUUUUUGGAUUUUAGAUUCUGGUGCCAAUGAUCAUGAUGUGAAAACAAAGAAGAUGAUUGGUUCGGCUAAUCAAGUGGAAGGGUUGUACAGACUCAGGACAGAUAUUGAUUCCAUUCCUGCAUAA